UUUUGAAGGAUUAGCUUCCUCAGCUGGUGCUAUCGUCAGGAUGGCUGAGGAUCCGGACUCCGCGGUUCUGUCUCGGGCGGAACGAAAGGCAAAAGAGAAGGCGAAAAUGCUGCAACGGGAAAGUCAGAGAGAAAUAUUUCGCCUGGUUGGACGGGUCCUGAAGAAACCAGAGGCGGAGAGGUCUGAAGAGGAGGCGGCAGCGUUGCUGCUUCACACCGAAGCUGUGGAGGAACUGUGCAGAAGACAGGUCCGGAGAAGUGUCCUCAAGAGGAAACAAGAGGAGGUAUUUGAUUCUGCAGAAGAGGUCAAAACAAAAGUCAGACAGUUGGCCGCAGCCGUCAAACAAGCGAAACAUUUGGUGGUGUACACUGGAGCCGGCAUCAGCACGGCAGCCUCCAUCCCAGACUACAGAGGCCCUAACGGUGUGUGGACGCUGCUACAGAAGGGUCAGACAGUAAGUUCCUCAGACCUCAGUAAAGCAGAUCCCACCUUCACCCACAUGUGUAUCAGAAUGCUUUACAAGGAAAUGCUGGUGAAGCAUGUCGUGUCUCAGAAUUGUGAUGGGCUUCAUCUACGAAGUGGACUCCCUAGAACAGCCCUGUCAGAGCUCCAUGGAAACAUGUUUAUUGAAGUUUGCACAUCCUGCUCGCCUGUCAGGGAGUACGUGCGAUUGUUUGACGUAACAGAGCGAACAUCUUUACACCGACACGGGACGGGUCGCGAGUGCACCCACUGUGGAGGCGAACUCAGGGACACUAUAGUGCACUUUGGAGAGAGGGGGACGCUGGAGCAGCCUCUCAACUGGAAGGGUGCUGCAGAGGCUGCCCAGAAUGCAGAUGUCAUACUGUGCUUGGGCUCCAGUCUAAAGGUGCUUAAGAAAUAUGCUUGUCUAUGGUGCAUGAACAGACCAGCGAGCAAGCGACCAAAGCUGUACAUUGUUAACCUUCAAUGGACCCCAAAGGACGACCUAGCUGUGUUGAAAAUCAACGGCAAGUGUGAUGACGUCAUGAAAACUCUCAUGGAGGAGCUCAACAUUAUGAUUCCAGCCUAUGACAGGUCAGAAGACCCCAUCUUCACCUUGGCCACACCCCUACAGCCAAGCGAUGCAGCCAGCCACACACGUGAAGUCAUCACCCGCCACCGUCGGGAUCAAGAUCCCUCCGCUGAUGCCACAGACCUCACAGAAGCCGCUGCAGUGCAUGGGGGGUGGUUCGGACGAGGCUAUGGUAAAGGCAGGAGGAAGAAAAAGGCAGCGUAGUCCAUGGACGAUCCAGCAGUGGCUAUUGUAGUUGCCACGAUCAACACAUCAGUGAAGGUGUUUCAGUUAUAUCUUUUAUUAUGACCAUGGUGGGAGCAACUUUGAUUUUUUUUUUAUAUUAUAUUUUUAUACAUGUGUGGCAGCUAAAUAUUUACCACUCCAGAUGACACUUUCUAAAUGAACUAUUUUCUGAGGAAGCUGUCACAUUUCUUUACACUCAAUGUCUUUAUUUUCUGUACAUUUUUGUUGAUUCCAGGAAGAAAUUCUGACAACGGUGCUUCAGUUGUUUGAGAUAAUAAUAGCAUAUCGUCUAUUGACACAUUGUUUACAGAGUCGACAUCCACAGCGAUCGUUUGAAUUCCAACUUUCUUUACCUUGUACGGGUCAUUUGAAACUUCAUUUAUGGUGCAUUUAUUGAGAUCUUUUUGUUUACUGAAGUAUUUACUGGAACUACUUUUUCUUGUACAGUGCAGGACACCAAACAACGACAGGAGUUUACUAUUACUUUUGGGAUUAAACUUUGGUUCUGAUGCUAUUUUGUGGUUCCAUUAUCACUGUACCAUGUCUCAGGAAUGCCCAUUGGUAUUAUUUAUUACUUUAUGACUGAGACAUACCUCUUUUCUGGAGAGAAAAAAACGAGUAUUGGCAUGUUUUCCUGUGGAUGCAGUUUGUGAAACUAAGAAUAGUAUUAUUACUCAUGAAUCUCUUACGAUUGUUUACUUCAUGUUUUUCCUGAUUUCUGCUGACCUGUUGAUACAUUUUUAUAAAUCAGCAGUCUGAUUGC